UGAUAUUACUGUAUUUUAGUGGAGGCGGAAGUUCCGGCUUGUCGUAUAAACUGAGGCCUCCUCUCCAUGUGGUUUUGAGGAGCAUUUUUUGGAGGUUGAAUUGUAACAUCGCUGUAAGACAGAAUGGCUGAGACUGACGUUGACAAUGAGCUGCUGGACUAUGAAGAGGAUGAGGAGCCUCAGGGAGCCCCGGAGACUACUGCCCCAGCAGGCAAGAAGGAGGUGAAGGGCUCCUAUGUCUCCAUCCACAGCUCUGGCUUCAGAGACUUCCUGCUCAAACCAGAGCUGCUCCGCGCUAUUGUCGACUGUGGCUUUGAGCAUCCAUCUGAAGUUCAACAUGAGUGCAUCCCUCAGGCCAUCCUGGGCAUGGACAUCCUUUGCCAGGCCAAGUCUGGUAUGGGCAAAACUGCAGUGUUUGUUCUUGCCACACUACAGCAGAUUGAGCCUGUGGAUGGACAGGUGUCAGUUCUAGUAAUGUGCCACACACGAGAGCUGGCCUUCCAGAUCAGUAAAGAGUACGAGCGUUUCUCCAAGUACAUGCCCACAGUAAAGGCAGCCGUGUUCUUCGGGGGCCUGUCUAUCAAGAAGGAUGAGGAUGUGCUGAAGAAGAACUGCCCUCACAUUGUGGUGGGAACCCCUGGCCGAAUCCUGGCCCUCAUCCGCAACAAGACCCUCAACCUAAAGAACGUCAAGCACUUUGUCCUGGAUGAGUGUGACAAGAUGCUGGAGCAGUUGGACAUGAGGCGUGACGUACAGGACAUCUUCAGGCUAACACCACAUGAGAAGCAGUGCAUGAUGUUCAGUGCCACCCUCAGCAAGGAGAUUCGACCGGUCUGCCGCAAGUUCAUGCAGGAUCCCAUGGAGGUGUUUGUAGAUGAUGAGACCAAGCUGACGCUGCACGGUCUGCAGCAGUACUACUGCAAGCUGAAGGACAGCGAGAAGAACCGCAAGCUCUUUGACCUGCUUGAUGUGCUGGAGUUCAACCAGGUGGUGAUCUUUGUCAAGUCAGUGCAGCGCUGUGUGGCGCUCUCUCAGCUACUGGUGGAACAGAACUUCCCUGCCAUUGCCAUCCACAGGGGCAUGGCUCAGGAGGAGAGGCUGUCCCGUUACCAGCAGUUCAAGGACUUCCAAAGGCGGAUCUUGGUGGCCACCAACCUGUUUGGCCGAGGGAUGGAUAUCGAGCGAGUCAAUAUUGUCUUCAAUUACGACAUGCCUGAGGACUCGGACACCUACUUACACAGGGUGGCCCGUGCUGGGCGGUUUGGAACCAAGGGUCUGGCUGUUACCUUUGUGUCAGACGAGACCGAUGCCAAGACUUUGAAUGAUGUGCAGGACCGCUUUGAGGUCAAUGUGGCCGAGCUGCCAGAAGAGAUCGACAUCUCCACUUACAUUGAGCAGUCCAGAUGAGUCCUCCAUCCCAGAAGAAAUGUCCGCUAACCCUGAAUCUGUCCUUGUUUGGAUGAAAAACCUUCCUCGCUGUUUUAUUUUAAGCUCUGUUCCUUGACUGUUCACUAAAUGUAUUUUUAUUUUAUCAUUGGGGGUUGUCUGGUUUUAAUUUUGUUGUGGUUUAUUUUUGGUCAAUGAAAUUAAAACUUUUUAUAAAAUUCCA